AUACAAUGGUCUGUGUCUUACCUUUACCGAGACCUUUAAAGUUCCACUCCGUACUGUUGAAUUCUUCUUUGUAGCAAGAAAGUUAAGUUCAUCUCGUGUGCUAAAGUCCCAACAUUGUAUAUACGUGUCUGGGUCACAUUCCAAAGGCGGCCUGACUGUACUCAGACAUUGUUAGCAUCCUUCCUCUGGAGCAGGUCUGGCCUCCGCUUUGGCCAGGUGCUCUAUCGCUGCCGGGACCUGGUGCCAUCAUUAGUAGUGUAUACAUAAUUAUGUCAUUGUUGAAAAGGGUGUCCAGAAAGCACUGGAUAGGAUGACCAUUUCAGAUCUGGUGAGUUUUAUUUUUAUUGUUGUUUAUAGAACUCCUUUAUCCAUCAUAUUCGGUGAGGCCCUAUAGUGUUUAUCAGCAUUUGAUCCAGAGCAUCCUUUACUAGUAAAAAAUAUUAACCACUAUUUUCGUUCGUACGAUAAUAGUGACUCGUAGGCAGGCAGAGUGAUGCGUUUCAGCGAGAAAGGCUCUUAACCUAUUUUUGCCUUUUCCUUUAUUAUCGUCAUAUAUAAAAAUUUUAACCUUUUAAAUUUUGAUACAACUAGCAGCCAAGAAAGUGCUAUCGUUUGAAGAACAUGGCAACUCUUCAAACACACACACAUACACACACACACGCAUGCACACACAGGAGGCACAUUGAAGCAGCGGCCAUGCAGUGCUUCAAGGAUUGUGUUCACGCCCCAAGGAGGGGGCGCUACCUCCGCUACGUCCCAUAUACCUCGAGUUGAUUCACCACGAUGGCGUGGUGGUGUGGCGCGUGGUCCACUAGGAGCUUCUGAGGGGCGGCAUGGCGGCUGUCACGUCCUUGCCCUGCCACAGCCUGGACUGAGGGGCGCGGCGAGGGACACCCUUACUCCUGCAGGUCCAUGUCAGAGAUACGUGGAGCUGCUGCUGCUCCGAGAAGGAAGCAGAGUGAGGCAACCAUGGCGGCUGUUCAGUGUGUGCUGCUGGGCGUGGCGGAGGUCAAGGUGCCGAUCAAGCGCCUCCCGCAGGAGACGCUCACCAGAGUGGCCGAAGUGGCGUACUGGACCUUGCUGCACGAGGACCAAGGUUCCGUACAUGUGGAGGAUUUCUCCAAGGACCGCGAGACCUUCAUCGGCGAAGUGGAUAACUAUUAUUCCCUGAGAGAGGUGGAAGUGAGGGUGAAUGAAGAAAUGGAGGAAUGCCAAAUCGUACACAGUGGCAACAUCAUCCUCCAGCACAACACAAAGGACGUGGCCACGUUGGUUCCUCUCAAAGAAUUUUUCCGAGCGGUGUACAUCAGUAAAAGUGACAGCUUCGGGCGGACGGCUGUAGUGCUGGAUUUAAAGUCGGAGGAGGCGCGCCAGCAGCUCUUUGCUCUCUUCCCUAAUGCCACGCGGGCCCCUCUCGCCAACAACAGUUGUGUUCAGUCACCGGUCAAGGAACACAAGGCGUCGCUGGGUCGGACCAUGGGCAAAAAGUUCGCGACGAUGCUGAUGGCCUCCUUAUCCGGCACAGCCUCGUCGCCCAAGAAGUCACCUUUGCCUACUCGCCGGGUGAUUAAGACUCCAGAGCCAAAGGAAUCGAUAGAUAAUGACUCAGACUCAAGUUCAGAGGAGGAUUCGGUCAGUGACGAUACGGACAGUAAAUCCACAGGAGGAUAUUACGAGGAUAUGGGUCUCGAUGCCACCGUUCAAGAAAGAUUGUAUGAUCCUCAGGGGUCAGACGCCGCCUCUCGAGUCAGUGACAGCUCCUUAGAAAUCAACGCACAGAUAAUAGAAGCUGAACUAAAAUUCUUCUUGGAAACAAACAGGGAUUUCCUAAAAUGUUUGCAGAGUCUUGGGGAAGAUCGUGAGCGGUUGGCAAGUGCUGAUACUCCACAGUUUCUCCGCGGUAAAGUGGUUCUUUUAUUCUCCCAGAUCAAGACUCUUACCGAGAUCCACACACAGCUUCACGAAAAGUUUGAGAAUAGCGGUGGCAACUUACAGAAGCUCAGUGAGGCAAUCAUUUCCCACGAAAAGGAUUACGAAAAAUACGUUUACUUUAUGGAAAACAUCCCAGUUGUUGACAAUAUCCUGGCGACGUGCAAAGACUACAUCAAGGAUAACAUGCCAGAGUUGCCGGAAAAGCUAAGAAAGCCUCGAAUGCGCCUUCACUACUAUGUCCUUACUUUGGAGACACUCUGCAAGAAGUCCAGCUGCUCUAAAGACAAGGAGGCUCUGAACAAAGCGAUUAGUGUGCUUAAAGUUCCCCUUAAAAAAGCCGAUUCGAAGCUCUUCCUGGGUGCUGUCGUGGGGUCUCCUGUAGACCUAAGUAAUUUUGGAGAUUUGCUUCGGCACAGUGACUUGAGCUUGAGGCGGGGCGGAGACCUGCCGCGACGGGUGUAUCAUGUCCUCAUGCUUAAAACGCUCAUCAUUUUGACGGUCCGGGACGGCAGAAAUUACAACUAUGUGACCAGUUUUCGAAUGGAUCAGGUGGGUCUGGGAACGCAGGAGCGUGGUUUGAUUUUCGACCUCAAAGUAAGAAAUGGCCCCAGAGGACAGACUGUGAUGUACUCAUUCAAGGCAAAGACAAUUAACUUACAACAACAAUGGAUAAAUGACUUGAAGGACAUCACUAAGGACAAAUCGCAGUCCAACACCUCGAGAAACAGCUACAUUGAUGGAGACACUGAGACCCGAACCAGUGGCAAGCGGCACAGAGUGAGUCGCGGGCAGUCCGUGGAGAAGUUGAUUUUAAAUGUCUCGCCUAUUGUUGCAAGUGCUCCAGGCGGCUUGGAUGAAAGUGACCGUUCCUCGGCGACUGAAAACUCUACCUCGAGAAGCGGAAGAAAGGGAGCGAUCAGAAAAAGUUCCACUAUGAGCUCAAAGAGUAAUCCGGUAGCAAGGCAGCAGAGUGGAUCUUUGUCUGACAGUGAAGGCAGCUGGAACAGGCGAAGGACGGGAGAUCAACUUCCACCACUAAGUGUGUGGGCCAAUUUCCCAAUUUUAAAAUGCAUCUACUACCAAACAUAUGAUUUUUCAAGAACCUUUAACUCUACUCCUGUCCGUGUGGAAGAAACGUUCAUUGAGGAUAUCCGGGGGAUUCUGGGAGAUGUGUUGAGUGAGCAGCUGUGUCCACCGAAGUGCAUCCUCCUUCCAUUGCGAAAUAUCAUAGACUUUCACAUCAACGUCUUUCUGCCAAUGAUAGAGAAAGCUUCGUCGGGUGUAGACAUUGCACAGUGUUUUGUGGAUUGUUCAGGGAAUAUAAGAUCACUUUAUUCUGAGUACUUUGUGGAGCUGGCCAUGUGUUACGAGGAACUGGUGGAGGAUGAUUCCCUGCAGAGAUUCGAGCGUCCCCUGAAUCAGUUUGUAAACUACGUUGAAAUGCUGUUAAUUCACCGGAGCAGAAAACAAAAUGUCAUACCUCAAGUUCAAAUGGCCUUGUCUACGCUACAACAGUGUGUGUUAGACGCCAACGUUAUUCUUCUGACGCAAAAUGUCAAGGGGGAACCGUUUGACUUGGGCGAGCAUGCCCCCAUUCUUCUCGACGGGCCGGCCAGGGUGCGAAGGCCAGGGAUCGUGAUACGACAAGAACUUCACUUAGUACUACUGGAAUCCAUGCUGCUAGUAUUAGAGCCUCACAGCACUUCCUUCCACUAUGUUGAUGCUCUGCGUAUGGACACGGUAGGGCUGGGGCCAAUGGUGGAUAAAUACACUUUCCAGCUGGAGGUACGCCUAGCAGCAAAUAAGACCUCACUGUGGACCUUCAGGACACCAAAGGCGGAGACCAAAGAACAGUGGGUGCUACAAAUAUCAAAACUUCUUUAUCUGCAAGUAGAGCGGCUAAAAGAAAACAGAAAAGGCGCCUUGGCACGAAUCAAGGAGAGCUGGUGACGCUAGGAGAAUCUGAGCCUCUUUAUUUGAAUGACGUAAAAAAGGCAGCACCCGAAGACUCUGCACAACCUCUAGAGACAGAACUGUAAAUCCCUGCACACGCCAGGGAUAACCGCCGGAGGUGAUGCCCGUGCCAGGACCUGCAUGUCUUCUUUCCCAUUGUCUGUGCCCAAGGCAGGGCUGGACCCAGCGAAGUUUGGCAGGAGGCAUUUUUUGGUGGUGACGACUGACACUCACUCUUCGCCGUAUGGCUUAUCAGACUGAAAUGUGAACAGACACCAAGGAAAGUAUUAUCCUUAACACAGACAGUGUGUAACGAACUCAAAUAUAAGAACGACAGUUGGGGGAUGUUGGCUGGUAGAACUUAGAAUCGCUCACCAGUGUUUUGAUUUUUUUUAAUAUAAACAAUAAUCAUUGAGGUAAAUCUUAUUUGUACGGAAUAACCUGUAAUAUAGAGGAUGUUGAUAAAUAAUUGAUCAUGUUUUUUUAUGAAUUAAAUGCUUGCUUCUGGAGAGUGUAUACCAACAAUUAGGUGUUGACGGUAUUAGCUAAUGGAUGUGCCUCUCUUUUAACAUACAAAAUGGAACUUACACCGACCCUUAGAUGAAAUAAUGAAGAUAUUAGCAAGACUUCCUCCAGGUUGACUUACCGUUCCAGGUUUACUGAUCUGACAGAGUGGUCAUCGAAACCUCAGCCACGCCACUUGCAUGACAAUUGUAAUGUGUGUUGCUUUUUUUUAUUCCUUCCCUCCAACAAACUUUCGGCCUUUAGUAUGCAAACCUCUGAACAACCUAACAGUCAUACGAUACCAUGUGGAACCAAACUUCACAACUGUCCUUUCUGCUAAUUUUGAAGUUUAGUUUUCCACUGUCUCUUCUCUCACAGUUAGGCUAAGGUUUGUUAUUUCAUAAAUAGUUCCUAAUUAAUGAAGCAGCGAUAUGUUACUAUUCUGGCUGUAAUGUGAGAGUGGCGGAGCUAAACAUCACAUAUGCCACCUUGGCAGGGCUGUCAAGAUGAUUAAUGACCACUACCCACAAUUUCCACGGGAUUUACAUCACAACAAUAGUGAGUGGUGCUUCUUUAUAUAUUGAUCCCCUCUAACAAAAACCUGGCCUUCUCGAUACGAGCCACUGAACAACCCACAACCAUGCACUACCUUGGUACCCUCAGAAGUAGUCACCACAGCCUCGGCUCCGCCACUUACAGGAUUUUGUUCUUCAAAUAAUCAGUUAUUUUACCUGUGAAAAGUUGUGUUAAGUUGCUUUGAAACAAGCCCACGCAUAUUUGUGCAGUCCCAGGCUACACAAUGGUCAGGCGACCAAGGUGAUUAUCAUACUCAGUGAUUGUGACAAUUACUACGACCGAACAAGGCUGAACCAAAAUGACUGAAAUAAAGUAGAGACUUAAACAUUUAAAUUUGCAUUCUCUAGGAAGGCGAAGGGAACGGGGAGAGUUGAUCGAAGUUUACAAAUGGCUGAAGUGUCUUAAGGGUGAUGUUAACAAGGUUCUGGAGGUAAGGGAGCUAGGUUGAAUAAAUUAAUUCAUGGGUUGAAUAAAUUUAUACAAUAAAUACGUACUAGGCGAUAAUUAUUUUAUUAGUUUAGUAUUAGCAUUGUGUUGUGGACAAUGAUCAUAGGUUGAGAUUGAGGUUAGGUUUACGGGUGCUGUCUUGUAUAGAUCUAAUGGCCUCAUGCAGACUCCUUAUGUUCUUAUAGUCUAUUCGAAAAAAUACGCUCGGUGUCGUCUCCAAGUAAAUAUUUCGGUGUGAUGCUUCCCUGCCUCUGGUAAUAGCAUGUCUGUUUUUUACCGGUGACUGGGACAAAGCUGUUUUUUUUUUUUUUUAUUAAAUGUUGGGAUAAUUCUAUAAAAUCUAUUCAUAGCAUCGACUUUUGGAAUAAUGACUUGUGAACAUAAACUAUAUGUGUUGUGACGAGGGGGUAUUUGGUAAGAAUUUGUGAAUCGUCGCUAGAUAUUUGCUAGAAAAAAAAUGUCGUCGUCAAACUUUAUCAUGGCUAACCACCGGCACAGAGCCAUACCAAAACAAUUAUACUGUGUUAAAAAAAAAAAAAAACGGAAAGAUGUAUCCACUUGUUCACUCCUCGUCACCUCAGCGUGUGGUGUGUCAGACGCGAACUUUGUCAGCAGUGCCAAGGCCAGUGUCCGAUGCUCACGCUUACUGAGGCUGAGAUUUCUUGAUUCCUCCACGAGGCCAACGGCAAUUGUUCAUACAUAGGUAGGGAGUCGCCACCACAGUAGUAUUUAUAACUCUGUGGUCGCCACUCAUCUUGUUUUGUUUACCUUGUCCGGCUCAGGCCUACCAAACUAAAUCGCCUAAAACGAAUACCAAAGCUGUCAACGCAUUGGUCCGCACGCAAGCAGGACUGGGAGAGUGAAUCUGAGCUUGGAAGCGGUUUGGUUUGGGGCUUACAUAAUAUGUACUAUAGUCUAUGAAGCUGGCCAGUGUGACUCAACAUGACCACCAAGGCCCUAUUUCCUUCAUCUGCUAGUUGUGAUCAACCCCAGUGUGAAUAUACGGGGAUUAAGGAGGGAGAGGUGUGCCUCUCGACCGUAGUGAUUGUUCCUACCAUAGACUGUUGUUGUGCUAUCUGUAACUUGAAGUAGAGUUUCCAGUAUUUAAUGUAUAUACAUCAUAACGAUGCAACUUGCCACCGAACUUUCCAGUGCAGCUGCUGAAGUGGCAUGGAAGAGACGUAACGUUGGUAUCCCUCGUGCAGUACAGGCGGGUCACAAAGCUGCACUGGAUGUAAAUAAUAUUGUUUCUCGUACGCUGUAAAUUUCGAAACUUCUUGCUCACUGAUUUGGUGAGUGAAAGACACUAUGUAACUAUUUUUACCUGCUAAGUUAUGACUUUUCAAAACUUAACUGUGAUUAAUGGACAAAUCAUAAUUAACUAUGUGUGUGUGUGUGUGUGUGUGUGUGUGUGUGUGUGUGUGUGUGUUUGUGUGUGUGUGUGUGUGUGUGUGUGUGUGUGUGUGUGUGUGUGUGUGUGUUAACUGUGUGUGUGUGUGUGUGUGUGUGUGUGUGUGUGUGUGUGUGUGCAAACUAUAAUAAUAUAGACAAUAUAAUAAAAAAAGGUUUUAUA